AUGACAAAAGCAAACGAGAUAGUCCAGGGGGCGUCCGCUUUACCUGCAGAAAUCAUCACCCUCAUCCUGCAAGAACUGGACAUGCACACGCUCCUUGUCUCAGCCCAACGAGUCUGUCGCUUGUGGACCUCCUUAAUCCGCAAGACAAACAGCCUUCAAGAGAAACUAUUCUUCAAGCCGAUUUGUGAGAAUAGUAGAUCUAAACGAACCUUCAAUCCCCUCCUAGCGUCAAAAUUCUCCACUUUCGUCCCGCGGAAUCACUGUGACCUCAAAGGCAUUCUGCCAACCAACCCACGAGAAUGGAUUGACUUAACAAUGCUUGACCUCCUCCGAGACCUCACCUCAACGCGACGGUACCUCCGGGCAGAUGCAAGCUGGCGCAAAAUGUUAAUCCAGCAGCCACCCGCGACAACACUGGGGUACAUAAGCGAGAACUUCAGUCUGGGCGAAUUCACGCUGGGAAAGCCACUCCCCAUCAAAGACAAGGGCCUUCGAAUGGGGACGUUUUUCGGCUGGAUUUUGUCUCGACCGAAUUGUAAUUUCGCUGAGGGAAGCGGUGUGUCUGUCUUCUUUGGUGGUCCCUUGCCUGCUAACACGCCCUUGUUUAACUCGGGCGGGGUUUUGGAGCGGGUAUAUACGCAAAUUGUCGCGGAGCAUGAUGUUAUUUUGUUUGUGCGGGAUGGGUCUACGCCUGAGUGUGUUAGGGGUAAGGAGGGGAAGUCUGAGGAUGAGAUGGUUAGAGAUUAUAUUCAUUGGUGUUGUGAGGAUGCGGGGAUUCCAUUGCAAGAUUUGCCGUUGGAGAACUUUGAACGGGGUCCGGAUGGAGGUUUGGUGGAUUAUCAAUCUGCUGCAUUGGGUAUGAGGUAG